UUAUCAAUUGUUAAUAAAACUUUAUAGUUGGGAUUAUGUUUUGAAAAACAACAAGCAUUUUUAUUGGGCUUCUUAUAAAAUUAUUAGGAUUAAUUUAUUUCAGUAUAAGCACAAAAAAUGAGCAGGCAUCUUGUGCUGUUAGUUUUAGUUGCAUUUGCCCAAGCAAAUCCUCAAAAUGAAGACAUUAUGAGUUUGAAAAUUAAGGGCAUCGCCCAAGGUAUUGUGGAUAAAUGGAUUAAAGAAGGACUGACAGUGACUAGAGACAAAGUAGAAGGUUGGCUGGCUGUUUUGGACACAACACAAAACGAAAAAGAAUUCAAGCAAGUCAAAAAUACUUUGGUGAAUACGUUUACCAACAUUGGAAAAGCAAAAUGUAAAAACUGCGACAAACCUGAAAAGAAUCUGGAAAAUUUAAGCCUAGAAGACUUGAUGCAAAAACAACAAGCAAUCAAAAAAUUACAAAAGAUGGUCAAGACUUUGACAACACCUAAUGAAGAAUUAUAAUAAAGUAAAAACACUCAAAUUAUUAUAAUGUUUUAUUUAACUUCAAAAAAACAGUUUACAAGGCAAUGAUUUGAACCCAGGUAUUACUUCUUUGACAAUAUUAUCAAUAGCUUCCAUUUCUGCCGGAUCAAACAUUCUUUUGAGGCUACAGUAGAUCAUUUUUCCAACUACAGUAUUGAUUUUUUCAAUUGCAAGUUUGACCGCUAGUGGAAGUGGUUUGUCGUCUACAUCUUCCAAAUCUUGAGCAGUAACAACUAAAAUAAUCAUAUGAUCAAUUAUUUAGUCUUAAACAAAAUUGAUUUACUUACCUGCUAAAAUAACUAUAAUGGUUAAGAUUAGGAAAUGUUGUGCCAUUUUGUUUCACUAGAUUUAACAUAUAAAUUUGGUUGGUAAUAUACAAAAAAUGUCGUGACACUAAUAAAAAUUUUCAAUGAA